AUGCUUCUCUCUCUCUCUCACAUGUGCGUUUCUCCUUUCCCCGUUCCAUGCUUCUCUCUCCCAUGUGCGUUCUCCCUUACCCCGUUCUAUGCUUCUCUCUCUCUCUCUCUCCCAUGUGCGUUCUUCCUUUCCCCGUUCCAUGCUUCUCUCUCCCAUGUGCGUUCUCCCUUACCCCGUUCUAUGCUUCUCUCUCUCUCUCUCUCCCAUGUGCGUUCUUCCUUUCCCCGUUCCAUGCUUCUCUCUCCCAUGUGCGUUCUUUCUUUCCCCGUUCCAUGCUUCUCUCUCCCAUGUGCGUUCUUCCUUUCCCCGUUCCAUGCUUCUCUCUCCCAUGUGCGUUCUUCCUUUCCCCGUUCCAUGCUUCUCUCUCCCAUGUCCGUUCUUCCUUUCCCCGUUCCAUGCUUCUCUCUCCCAUGUGCGUUCUCCCUUACCCCGUUCUAUGCUUCUCUCUCUCUCUCCCAUGUGCGUUUCUCCUUUCCCGUUUCCAUGCUUCUCUCUCCCAUGUGCGUUCUUCCUUACCCCGUUCUAUGCUUCUCUCUCUCUCUCUCUCUCUCUCUCUCUCUCUCUCUCUCUCUCUCUCUCUCUCUCUCUCUCUCUCUCUCUCUCCCAUGUGCGUUCUCCCUUUCCCCGUUCUAUGCUUCUCUCUCUCUCUCUCUCCCAUGUGCGUUCUUCCUUUCCCCGUUCCAUGCUUCUCUCUCCCAUGUGCGUUCUUCCUUUCCCCGUUCCAUGCUUCUCUCUCCCAUGUGCGUUCUUCCUUUCCCCGUUCCAUGCUUCUCUCUCCCAUGUGCGUUCUUCCUUUCCCCGUUCCAUGCUUCUCUCUCCCAUGUCCGUUCUUCCUUUCCCCGUUCCAUGCUUCUCUCUCCCAUGUCCGUUCUUCCUUUCCCCGUUCCAUGCUUCUUUCUCCCAUGUCCGUUCUUCCUUUCCCCGUUCCAUGCUUCUCUCUCCCAUGUCCGUUCUUCCUUUCCCCGUUCCAUGCUUCUUUCUCCCAUGUGCGUUCUUCCUUUCCCCGUUCCAUGCUUCUUUCUCCCAUGUGCGUUCUUCCUUUCCCCGUUCCAUGCUUCUCUCUCCCAUGUGCGUUCUUCCUUUCCCCGUUCCAUGCUUCUCUCUCCCAUGUCCGUUCUUCCUUUCCCCGUUCCAUGCUUCUUUCUCCCAUGUGCGUUCUUCCUUUCCCCGUUCCAUGCUUCUCUCUCCCAUGUCCGUUCUUCCUUUCCCCGUUCCAUGCUUCUUUCUCCCAUGUGCGUUCUUCCUUUCCCCGUUCCAUGCUUCUCUCUCCCAUGUCCGUUCUUCCUUUCCCCGUUCCAUGCUUCUUUCUCCCAUGUGCGUUCUUCCUUUCCCCGUUCCAUGCUUCUCUCUCCCAUGUGCGUUCUUCCUUUCCCCGUUCCAUGCUUCUUUCUCCCAUGUGCGUUCUUCCUUUCCCCGUUCCAUGCUUCUCUCUCCCAUGUCCGUUCUUCCUUUCCCCGUUCCAUGCUUCUCUCUCCCAUGUGCGUUCUUCCUUUCCCCGUUCCAUGCUUCUUUCUCCCAUGUGCGUUCUUCCUUUCCCCGUUCCAUGCUUCUCUCUCCCAUGUGCGUUCUUCCUUUCCCCGUUCCAUGCUUCUCUCUCCCAUGUCCGUUCUCCCUUUCCCCGUUCUAUGCUUCUCUCUCUCUCUCUCUCUCCCAUGUGCGUUCUUCCUUUCCCCGUUCCAUGCUUCUCUCUCCCAUGUGCGUUCUUCCUUUCCCCGUUCCAUGCUUCUCUCUCCCAUGUGCGUUCUUCCUUUCCCCGUUCCAUGCUUCUCUCUCCCAUGUCCGUUCUUCCUUUCCCCGUUCCAUGCUUCUUUCUCCCAUGUCCGUUCUUCCUUUCCCCGUUCCAUGCUUCUCUCUCCCAUGUCCGUUCUUCCUUUCCCCGUUCCAUGCUUCUCUCUCCCAUGUCCGUUCUUCCUUUCCCCGUUCCAUGCUUCUUUCUCCCAUGUGCGUUCUUCCUUUCCCCGUUCCAUGCUUCUUUCUCCCAUGUGCGUUCUUCCUUUCCCCGUUCCAUGCUUCUCUCUCCCAUGUGCGUUCUUCCUUUCCCCGUUCCAUGCUUCUCUCUCCCAUGUGCGUUCUUCCUUUCCCCGUUCCAUGCUUCUCUCUCUCAUGUGCGUUCUUCCUUUCCCCGUUCCAUGCUUCUCUCUCCCAUGUCCGUUCUUCCUUUCCCCGUUCCAUGCUUCUUUCUCCCAUGUGCGUUCUUCCUUUCCCCGUUCCAUGCUUCUCUCUCCCAUGUCCGUUCUUCCUUUCCCCGUUCCAUGCUUCUUUCUCCCAUGUGCGUUCUUCCUUUCCCCGUUCCAUGCUUCUCUCUCCCAUGUCCGUUCUUCCUUUCCCCGUUCCAUGCUUCUUUCUCCCAUGUCCGUUCUUCCUUUCCCCGUUCCAUGCUUCUUUCUCCCAUGUGCGUUCUUCCUUUCCCCGUUCCAUGCUUCUCUCUCCCAUGUGCGUUCUUCCUUUCCCCGUUCCAUGCUUCUCUCUCCCAUGUCCGUUCUUCCUUUCCCCGUUCCAUGCUUCUUUCUCCCAUGUGCGUUCUUCCUUUCCCCGUUCCAUGCUUCUCUCUCCCAUGUCCGUUCUUCCUUUCCCCGUUCCAUGCUUCUUUCUCCCAUGUGCGUUCUUCCUUUCCCCGUUCCAUGCUUCUCUCUCCCAUGUCCGUUCUUCCUUUCCCCGUUCCAUGCUUCUUUCUCCCAUGUGCGUUCUUCCUUUCCCCGUUCCAUGCUUCUUUCUCCCAUGUGCGUUCUUCCUUUCCCCGUUCCAUGCUUCUCUCUCCCAUGUCCGUUCUUCCUUUCCCCGUUCCAUGCUUCUUUCUCCCAUGUGCGUUCUUCCUUUCCCCGUUCCAUGCUUCUCUCUCCCAUGUCCGUUCUUCCUUUCCCCGUUCCAUGCUUCUUUCUCCCAUGUGCGUUCUUCCUUUCCCCGUUCCAUGCUUCUCUCUCCCAUGUGCGUUCUUCCUUUCCCCGUUCCAUGCUUCUUUCUCCCAUGUGCGUUCUUCCUUUCCCCGUUCCAUGCUUCUCUCUCCCAUGUGCGUUCUUCCUUUCCCCGUUCCAUGCUUCUCUCUCCCAUGUCCGUUCUCCUUUCCCCGUUCUAUGCUUCUCUCUCUCUCUCUCUCUCUCUCCCAUGUGCGUUCUUCCUUUCCCCGAUCCAUGCUUCUCUCUCCCAUGUGCGUUCUCCCUUACCCCGUUCUAUGCUUCUCUCUCUCUCUCUCUCCCAUGUGCGAUCUUCCUUUCCCCGUUCCAUGCUUCUCUCUCCCAUGUGCGUUCUCCCUUACCCCGUUCUAUGCUUCUCUCUCUCUCUCUCUCUCCCAUGUGCGUUCUUCCUUUCCCCGUUCCAUGCUUCUCUCUCCCAUGUGCGUUCUCCCUUACCCCGUUCUAUGCUUCUCUCUCUCUCUCUCUCUCUCUCUCCCAUGUGCGUUCUUCCUUUCCCCGUUCCAUGCUUCUCUCUCCCAUGUGCGUUCUCCCUUACCCCGUUCUAUGCUUCUCUCUCUCUCUCUCUCCCAUGUGCGUUCUUCCUUUCCCCGUUCCAUGCUUCUCUCUCCCAUGUGCGUUCUCCCUUACCCCGUUCUAUGCUUCUCUCUCUCUCUCUCUCUCCCAUGUGCGUUCUUCCUUUCCCCGUUCCAUGCUUCUCUCUCCCAUGUGCGUUCUCCCUUACCCCGUUCUAUGCUUCUCUCUCUCUCUCUCUCUCUCUCUCUCUCUCUCUCUCUCUCUCUCUCUCUCUCUCUCUCUCUCUCUCUCUCUCUCUCCCAUGUGCGUUCUUCCUUUCCCCGUUCCAUGCUUCUCUCUCCCAUGUGCGUUCUCCCUUACCCCGUUCUAUGCUUCUCUCUCUCUCUCUCUCUCCCAUGUGCGUUCUUCCUUUCCCCGUUCCAUGCUUCUCUCUCCCAUGUGCGUUCUUCCUUUCCCCGUUCCAUGCUUCUUUCUCCCAUGUGCGUUCUUCCUUUCCCCGUUCCAUGCUUCUCUCUCCCAUGUGCGUUCUUCCUUUCCCCGUUCCAUGCUUCUCUCUCCCAUGUGCGUUCUUCCUUUCCCCGUUCCAUGCUUCUCUCUCCCAUGUCCGUUCUUCCUUUCCCCGUUCCAUGCUUCUUUCUCCCAUGUCCGUUCUUCCUUUCCCCGUUCCAUGCUUCUCUCUCCCAUGUCCGUUCUUCCUUUCCCCGUUCCAUGCUUCUCUCUCCCAUGUCCGUUCUUCCUUUCCCCGUUCCAUGCUUCUUUCUCCCAUGUGCGUUCUUCCUUUCCCCGUUCCAUGCUUCUUUCUCCCAUGUGCGUUCUUCCUUUCCCCGUUCCAUGCUUCUCUCUCCCAUGUGCGUUCUUCCUUUCCCCGUUCCAUGCUUCUCUCUCCCAUGUGCGUUCUUCCUUUCCCCGUUCCAUGCUUCUCUCUCCCAUGUGCGUUCUUCCUUUCCCCGUUCCAUGCUUCUCUCUCCCAUGUCCGUUCUUCCUUUCCCCGUUCCAUGCUUCUUUCUCCCAUGUGCGUUCUUCCUUUCCCCGUUCCAUGCUUCUCUCUCCCAUGUCCGUUCUUCCUUUCCCCGUUCCAUGCUUCUUUCUCCCAUGUGCGUUCUUCCUUUCCCCGUUCCAUGCUUCUCUCUCCCAUGUCCGUUCUUCCUUUCCCCGUUCCAUGCUUCUUUCUCCCAUGUCCGUUCUUCCUUUCCCCGUUCCAUGCUUCUUUCUCCCAUGUCCGUUCUUCCUUUCCCCGUUCCAUGCUUCUCUCUCCCAUGUGCGUUCUUCCUUUCCCCGUUCCAUGCUUCUCUCUCCCAUGUCCGUUCUUCCUUUCCCCGUUCCAUGCUUCUUUCUCCCAUGUGCGUUCUUCCUUUCCCCGUUCCAUGCUUCUCUCUCCCAUGUCCGUUCUUCCUUUCCCCGUUCCAUGCUUCUUUCUCCCAUGUGCGUUCUUCCUUUCCCCGUUCCAUGCUUCUCUCUCCCAUGUCCGUUCUUCCUUUCCCCGUUCCAUGCUUCUUUCUCCCAUGUGCGUUCUUCCUUUCCCCGUUCCAUGCUUCUCUCUCCCAUGUGCGUUCUUCCUUUCCCCGUUCCAUGCUUCUCUCUCCCAUGUCCGUUCUUCCUUUCCCCGUUCCAUGCUUCUUUCUCCCAUGUGCGUUCUUCCUUUCCCCGUUCCAUGCUUCUCUCUCCCAUGUGCGUUCUUCCUUUCCCCGUUCCAUGCUUCUUUCUCCCAUGUGCGUUCUUCCUUUCCCCGUUCCAUGCUUCUCUCUCCCAUGUGCGUUCUUCCUUUCCCCGUUCCAUGCUUCUUUCUCCCAUGUGCGUUCUUCCUUUCCCCGUUCCAUGCUUCUCUCUCCCAUGUGCGUUCUUCCUUUCCCCGUUCCAUGCUUCUCUCUCCCAUGUCCGUUCUCCUUUCCCCGUUCUAUGCUUCUCUCUCUCUCUCUCUCCCAUGUGCGUUCUUCCUUUCCCCGAUCCAUGCUUCUCUCUCCCAUGUGCGUUCUCCCUUACCCCGUUCUAUGCUUCUCUCUCUCUCUCUCUCCCAUGUGCGAUCUUCCUUUCCCCGUUCCAUGCUUCUCUCUCCCAUGUGCGUUCUCCCUUACCCCGUUCUAUGCUUCUCUCUCUCUCUCUCUCUCCCAUGUGCGUUCUUCCUUUCCCCGUUCCAUGCUUCUCUCUCCCAUGUGCGUUCUCCCUUACCCCGUUCUAUGCUUCUCUCUCUCUCUCUCUCUCUCUCUCUCUCUCUCUCUCUCUCUCUCUCUCUCUCUCUCUCUCUCCCAUGUGCGUUCUUCCUUUCCCCGUUCCAUGCUUCUCUCUCCCAUGUGCGUUCUCCCUUACCCCGUUCUAUGCUUCUCUCUCUCUCUCUCUCCCAUGUGCGUUCUUCCUUUCCCCGUUCCAUGCGUCUCUCUCCCAUGUGCGUUCUCCCUUACCCCGUUCUAUGCUUCUCUCUCUCUCUCUCUCCCAUGUGCGUUCUUCCUUUCCCCGUUCCAUGCUUCUCUCUCCCAUGUGCGUUCUUCCUUUCCCCGUUCCAUGCUUCUCUCUCCCAUGUGCGUUCUGCCUUACCCCGUUCUAUGCUUCUCUCUCUCUCUCUCUCUCUCUCCCAUGUGCGUUCUUCCUUUCCCCGUUCCAUGCUUCUCUCUCCCAUGUGCGUUCUCCCUUACCCCGUUCUAUGCUUCUCUCUCUCUCUCUCUCCCAUGUGCGUUCUGUCUUUCCCCGUUCCAUGCUUCUCUCUCCCAUGUGCGUUCUUCCUUUCCCCGUUCCAUGCUUCUCUCUCCCAUGUGCGUUCUUCCUUUCCCCGUUCCAUGCUUCUUUCUCCCAUGUGUAUUCUUCCUUUCCCCGUUCCAUGCUUCUCUCUCCCAUGUGCGUUCUUCCUUUCCCCGUUCCAUGCUUCUCUCUCCCAUGUGCGUUCUUCCUUUCCCCGUUCCAUGCUUCUCUCUCCCAUGUCCGUUCUUCCUUUCCCCGUUCCAUGCUUCUUUCUCCCAUGUGCGUUCUUCCUUUCCCCGUUCCAUGCUUCUCUCUCCCAUGUGCGUUCUUCCUUUCCCCAUUCCAUGCUUCUCUCUCCCAUGUCCGUUCUUCCUUUCCCCGUUCCAUGCUUCUUUCUCCCAUGUGCGUUGUUCCUUUCCCCGUUCCAUGCUUCUCUCUCCCAUGUCCGUUCUUCCUUUCCCCGUUCCAUGCUUCUUUCUCCCAUGUGCGUUCUUCCUUUCCCCGUUCCAUGCUUCUCUCUCCCAUGUGCGUUCUUCCUUUCCCCGUUCCAUGCUUCUUUCUCCCAUGUGCGUUCUUCCUUUCCCCGUUCCAUGCUUCUCUCUCCCAUGUGCGUUCUUCCUUUCCCCGUUCCAUGCUUCUCUCUCCCAUGUGCGUUCUUCCUUUCCCCGUUCCAUGCUUCUUUCUCCCAUGUGCGUUCUUCCUUUCCCCGUUCCAUGCUUCUCUCUCCCAUGUCCGUUCUUCCUUUCCCCGUUCCAUGCUUCUUUCUCCCAUGUCCGUUCUUCCUUUCCCCGUUCCAUGCUUCUCUCUCCCAUGUCCGUUCUUCCUUUCCCCGUUCCAUGCUUCUCUCUCCCAUGUCCGUUCUUCCUUUCCCCGUUCCAUGCUUCUUUCUCCCAUGUGCGUUCUUCCUUUCCCCGUUCCAUGCUUCUCUCUCCCAUGUGCGUUCUUCCUUUCCCCGUUCCAUGCUUCUUUCUCCCAUGUGCGUUCUUCCUUUCCCCGUUCCAUGUUUCUCUCUCCCAUGUGCGUUCUUCCUUUCCCCGUUCCAUGCUUCUCUCUCCCAUGUGCGUUCUUCCUUUCCCCGUUCCAUGCUUCUCUCUCCCAUGUGCGUUCUUCCUUUCCCCGUUCCAUGCUUCUCUCUCCCAUGUGCGUUCUUCCUUUCCCCGUUCCAUGCUUCUCUCUCCCAUGUGCGUUCUUCCUUUCCCCGUUCCAUGCUUCUCUCUCCCAUGUGCGUUCUUCCUUUCCCCGUUCCAUGCUUCUCUCUCCCAUGUGCGUUCUUCCUUUCCCCGUUCCAUGCUUCUCUCUCCCAUGUGCGUUCUUCCUUUCCCCGUUCCAUGCUUCUCUCUCCCAUGUCCGUUCUUCCUUUCCCCAUUCCAUGCUUCUCUCUCCCAUGUGCGUUCUUCCUUUCCCCGUUCCAUGCUUCUCUCUCCCAUGUGCGUUCUUCCUUUCCCUGUUCCAUGCUUCUCUCUCCCAUGUGCGUUCUUCCUUUCCCCGUUCCAUGCUUCUCUCUCCCAUGUGCGUUCUUCCUUUCCCCGUUCCAUGCUUCUCUCUCCCAUGUGCGUUCUUCCUUUCCCCGUUCCAUGCUUCUCUCUCCCAUGUGCGUUCUUCCUUUCCCCGUUCCAUGCUUCUCUCUCCCAUGUGCGUUCUUCCUUUCCCCGUUCCAUGCUUCUCUCUCCCAUGUCCGUUCUUCCUUUCCCCGUUCCAUGUUUCUCUCUCCCAUGUCCGUUCUUCCUUUCCUCGUUCCAUGCUUCUCUCUCCCAUGUGCGUUCUUCCUUUCCCCGUUCCAUGCUUCUCUCUCCCAUGUGCGUUCUUCCUUUCCCCGUUCCAUGCUUCUCUCUCCCAUGUGCGUUCUUCCUUUCCCCGUUCCAUGUUUCUCUCUCCCAUGUCCGUUCUUCCUUUCCCCGUUCCAUGCUUCUCUCUCCCAUGUGCGUUCUUCCUUUCCCCGUUCCAUGCUUCUCUCUCCCAUGUGCGUUCUUCCUUUCCCCGUUCCAUGCUUCUCUCUCCCAUGUGCGUUCUUCCUUUCCCCGUUCCAUGCUUCUCUCUCCCAUGUGCGUUCUUCCUUUCCCCGUUCCAUGCUUCUCUCUCCCAUGUCCGUUCUUCCUUUCCCCGUUCCAUGCUUCUCUCUCCCAUGUGCGUUCUUCCUUUCCCCGUUCCAUGCUUCUCUCUCCCAUGUGCGUUCUUCCUUUCCCCGUUCCAUGCUUCUCUCUCCCAUGUGCGUUCUUCCUUUCCCCGUUCCAUGCUUCUCUCUCCCAUGUGCGUUCUUCCUUUCCCCGUUCCAUGCUUCUCUCUCCCAUGUGCGUUCUUCCUUUCCCCGUUCCAUGCUUCUCUCUCCCAUGUGCGUUCUUCCUUUCCCCUUUCCAUGCUUCUCUCUCCCAUGUGCGUUCUUCCUUUCCCCCGUUCCAUGCUUCUCUCUCCCAUGUGCGUUCUUCCUUUCCCCGUUUCCAUGCUUCUCUCUCCCAUGUGCGUUCUUCUUUCCCCGUUCCAUGCUUGUCUCUCCCAUGUGCCGUUCUUCCUUUCCCCGUUCCAUGUUUCCUCUCCCAUGUCCGUUCUUCCUUUCCCCGUUCCAUGCUUCUCUCUCCCAUGUGCGUUCUUCCUUUCCCCGUUCCAUGCUUCUCUCUCCCAUGUGCGUUCUUCCUUUCCCCGUUCCAUGCUUUCUCUCUCCCAUGUCCGUUCUUCACCUUUCCCAUGUUCCAUGCUUCUCUCUCCCAUGUGCGUUCUCCUUUCCCCGUUCCAUGCUUCUCUCUCCAUGUGCGUUUCUUCCUUUCCCCGUUCUAUGCUUCUCUCUCCCAUGUCCGUUCUUCCUUUCCCCGUUCCAUGCUUCUCUCUCCCAUGUCCGUUCUUCCUUUCCCCGUUCCAUGCUUCUCUCUCCCAUGUGCGUUCUUCCUUUCCCCGUUCCAUGCUUCUCUCUCCCAUGUCCGUUCUUCCUUUCCCCGUUCCAUGCUUCUCUCUCCCAUGUGCGUUCUUCCUUUCCCCGUUCCAUGCUUCUCUCUCCCAUGUGCGUUCUUCCUUUCCCCGUUCCAUGCUUCUCUCUCCCAUGUGCGUUCUUCCUUUCCCCGUUCCAUGCUUCUCUCUCCCAUGUGCGUUCUUCCUUUCCCCGUUCCAUGCUUCUCUCUCCCAUGUGCGUUCUUCCUUUCCCCGUUCCAUGCUUCUCUCUCCCAUGUGCGUUCUUCCUUUCCCCGUUCCAUGCUUCUCUCUCCCAUGUGCGUUCUUCCUUUCCCCGUUCCAUGCUUCUUCUCUCCCAUGUGCGUUCUUCCUUUCCCCGUUCCAUGCUUCUCUCUCCCAUGUGCGUUCUUCCUUUCCCCGUUCCAUGCUUCUCUCUCCCAUGUGCGUUCUUCCUUUCCCCGUUCCAUGCUUCUCUCUCCCAUGUGCGUUCUUCCUUUCCCCGUUCCAUGCUUCUCUCUCCCAUGUGCGUUCUUCCUUUCCCCGUUCCAUGCUUCUCUCUCCCAUGUGCGUUCUUCCUUUCCCCGUUCCAUGCUUCUCUCUCCCAUGUGCCGUUCUUCCUUUCCCCGUUCCAUGCUUCUCUCUCCCAUGUGCGUUCUUCCUUUCCCCGUUCCAUGCUUCUCUCUCCCAUGUGCGUUCUUCCUUUCCCCGUUCCAUGCUUCUCUCUCCCAUGUGCGUUCUUCCUUUCCCCGUUCCAUGCUUCUCUCUCCCAUGUGCGUUCUUCCUUUCCCCGUUCCAUGCUUCUCUCUCCCAUGUGCGUUCUUCCUUUCCCCGUUCCAUGCUUCUCUCUCCCAUGUGCGUUCUUCCUUUCCCCGUUCCAUGCUUCUCUCUCCCAUGUGCGUUCUUCCUUUCCCCGUUCCAUGCUUCUCUCUCCCAUGUGCGUUCUUCCUUUCCCCGUUCCAUGCUUCUCUCUCCCAUGUGCGUUCUUCCUUUCCCCGUUCCAUGCUUCUCUCUCCCAUGUGCGUUCUUCCUUUCCCCGUUCCAUGCUUCUCUCUCCCAUGUGCGUUCUUCCUUUCCCCGUUCCAUGCUUCUCUCUCCCAUGUGCGUUCUUCCUUUCCUCCCCGUUCCAUGCUUCUCUCUCCCAUGUGCGUUCUUCCUUUCCCCGUUCCAUGCUUCUCUCUCCCAUGUGCGUUCUUCCUUUCCCCGUUCCAUGCUUCUCUCUCCCAUGUGCGUUCUUCCUUUCCCCGUUCCAUGCUUCUCUCUCCCAUGUCCGUUCUUCCUUUCCCCGUUCCAUGCUUCUCUCUCCCAUGUGCGUUCUUCCUUUCCCCGUUCCAUGCUUCUCUCUCCCAUGUGCGUUCUUCCUUUCCCCGUUCCAUGCUUCUCUCUCCCAUGUCCGUUCUUCCUUUCCCCGUUUCCAUGCUUCUCUCUCCCAUGUCGUUCUUCCUUCCCGUCCAUGCUUCUCUCUCCAUGUGCGUUCUUCCUUUCCCCGUUCCAUGCUUCUCUCUCCCAUGUGCGUUCUUCCUUUCCCCGUUCCAUGCUUCUCUCUCCCAUGUGCGUUCUUCCUUUCCCCGUUCCAUGCUUCUCUCUCCCAUGUGCCGUUCUUCCUUUCCCCGUUCCAUGCUUCUCUCUCCCAUGUGCGUUCUUCCUUUCCCCGUUCCAUGCUUCUCUCUCCCAUGUGCGUUCUUCCUUUCCCGUUCCAUGCUUCUCUCUCCCAUGUCGUUCUUCCUUUCCCCGUUCCAUGCUUCUCUCUCCCAUGUGCGUUCUUCCUUUCCCGUUCCAUGCUUCUCUCUCCAUGUGCGUUCUUCCUUUCCCCGUUCCAUGCUUCUCUCUCCCAUGUGCGUUCUUCCUUUCCCCGUUCCAUGCUUCUCUCUCCAUGUGCGUUCUUCCUUUCCCCGUUCCAUGCUUCUCUCUCCCAUGUGCGUUCUUCCUUUCCCCGUUCCAUGCUUCUCUCUCCCAUGUGCGUUCUUCCUUUCCCCGUUCCAUGCUUCUCUCUUCCCAUGUGCGUUCUUCCUUUCCCCGUUCCAUGCUUCUCUCUCCAUGUGCGUUCUUCCUUUCCCCGUUCCAUGCUUCUCUCUCCCAUGUGCGUUCUUCCUUUCCCCGUUCCAUGCUUCUCUCUCCAUGUGCGUUCUUCCUUUCCCCGUUCCAUGCUUCUUCUCCAUGUGCGUUCUUCCUUUCCCCGUUCCAUGCUUCUUCUCCCAUGUGCGUUCUUCCUUUCCCCGUUCCAUGCUUCUUUCUUCCCAUGUGCGUUCUUCCUUUCCCCGUUCCAUGCUUCUCUCUCCCAUGUGCGUUCUUCCUUUCCCCGUUCCAUGCUUCUUUCUCCCAUGUGCGUUCUUCCUUUCCCCGUUCCAUGCUUCUCUUCUCCCAUGUGCGUUCUUCCUUUCCCCGUUCCAUGCUUCUCUCUCCCAUGUGCGUUCUUCCUUUCCCCGUUUCCAUGCUUCUCUCUCCCAUGUGCGUUCUUCCUUUCCCCGUUCCAUGCUUCUCUCUCCCAUGUGCGUUCUUCCUUUCCCCGUUCCAUGCUUCUCUCUCCCAUGUGCGUUCUUCCUUUCCCCGUUCCAUGCUUCUCUCUCCCAUGUGCGUUCUUCCUUUCCCCGUUCCAUGCUUCUCUCUCCCAUGUGCGUUCUUCCUUUCCCCGUUCCAUGCUUCUCUCUCCCAUGUGCGUUCUUCCUUUCCCCGUUCCAUGCUUCUCUCUCCCAUGUGCGUUCUUCCUUUCCCCGUUCCAUGCUUCUCUCUCCCAUGUGCGUUCUUCCUUUCCCCGUUCCAUGCUUCUCUCUCCCAUGUGCGUUCUUCCUUUCCCCGUUCCAUGCUUCUCUCUCCCAUGUGCGUUCUUCCUUUCCCCGUUCCAUGCUUCUCUCUCCCAUGUGCGUUCUUCCUUUCCCCGUUCCAUGCUUCUCUCUCCCAUGUGCGUUCUUCCUUUCCCCGUUCCAUGCUUCUCUCUCCCAUGUGCGUUCUUCCUUUCCCCGUUCCAUGCUUCUCUCUCCCAUGUGCGUUCUUCCUUUCCCCGUUCCAUGCUUCUCUCUCCCAUGUGCGUUCUUCCUUUCCCCGUUCCAUGCUUUCUCUCUCCCAUGUGCCGUUCUUCCUUUCCCCGUUCCAUGCUUCUCUCUCCCAUGUGCGUUCUCCUUUCCCCGUUCCAUGCUUCUCUCUCCCAUGUGCGUUCUUCCUUUCCCCGUUCCAUGCUUCUCUCUCCCAUGUGCCGUUCUUCCUUUCCCCUUCUUCCUUUCCCCGUUCCAUGCUUCUCUCUCCCAUGUGCGUUCUUCCUUUCCCCGUUCCAUGCUUCUCUCUCCCAUGUGCGUUCUUCCUUUCCCCGUUCCAUGCUUCUCUCUCCCAUGUCCGUUCUUCCUUUCCCCGUUCCAUGCUUCUCUCUCCCAUGUCCGUUCUUCCUUCCUUCCCCGUUCCAUGCUUCUCUCUCCCAUGUGCGUUCUUCUUUCCCCGUUCCAUGCUUCUCUCUCCCAUGUGCGUUCUUCCUUUCCCCGUUCCAUGCUUCUCUCUCCCAUGUGCCGUUCUUCCUUUCCCCGUUCCAUGCUUCUCUCUCCCAUGGUCCGUUCUUCCUUUCCCCGUUCCAUGCUUCUCUCUCCCAUGUGCGUUCUUCCUUUCCCCGUUCCAUGCUUCUCUCUCCCAUGUGCGUUCUUCCUUUCCCCGUUCCAUGCUUCUCUCUCCCAUGUGCGUUCUUCCUUUCCCCGUUCCAUGCUUCUCUCUCCCAUGUGCGUUCUUCCUUUCCCCGUUCCAUGCUUCUCUCUCCCAUGUGCGUUCUUCCUUUCCCCGUUCCAUGCUUCUCUCUCCCAUGUGCGUUCUUCCUUUCCCCGUUCCAUGCUUCUCUCUCCCAUGUGCGUUCUUCCUUUCCCCGUUCCAUGCUUCUCUCUCCCAUGUGCGUUCUUCCUUUCCCCGUUCCAUGCUUCUCUCUCCCAUGUGCGUUCUUCCUUUCCCCGUUCCAUGCUUCUCUCUCCCAUGUCCGUUCUUUCCCUUUCUCCCGUUCCAUGUCUUCUCUCUCCCAUGUCCGUUCUUCCUUUCCCCGUUCCAUGCUUCUCUCUCCCAUGUCCGUUCUUCCUUUCCCCGUUCCAUGCUUCUCUCUCCCAUGUGCGUUCUUCCUUUCCCCGUUCCAUGCUUCUCUCUCCCAUGUGCGUUCUUCCUUUCCCCGUUCCAUGCUUCUCUUUCCCAUGUCCGUUCUUCCUUUCCCCGUUCCAUGCUUCUCUCUCCCAUGUCCGUUCUUCCUUUCCCCGUUCCAUGCUUCUCUCUCCCAUGUGCGUUCUUCCUUUCCCCGUUCCAUGCUUCUCUCUCCCAUGUGCGUUCUUCCUUUCCCGUUCCAUGCUUCUCUCUCCCAUGUGCGUUCCUUCCUUUCCCCGUUCCAUGCUUCUCUCUCCCAUGUGCGUUCUUCCUUUCCCCGUUCCAUGCUUCUCUCUCCCAUGUGCGUUCUUCCUUUCCCCGUUCCAUGCUUCUCUCUCCCAUGUGCGUUCUUCCUUUCCCCGUUCCAUGCUUCUCUCUCCCAUGUCCGUUCUUCCUUUCCCCGUUCCAUGCUUCUCUCUCCCAUGUGCCGUUCUUCCUUUCCCCGUUCCAUGCUUCUCUCUCCCAUGUGCGUUCUUCCUUUCCCCGUUCCAUGCUUCUCUCUCCCAUGUGCGUUCUUCCUUUCCCCGUUCCAUGCUUCUCUCUCCCAUGUGCGUUCUUCCUUUCCCCGUUCCAUGCUUCUCUCUCCCAUGUGCGUUCUUCCUUUCCCCGUUCCAUGCUUCUCUCUCCCAUGUGCGUUCUUCCUUUCCCCGUUCCAUGCUUCUCUCUCCCAUGUGCGUUCUUCCUUUCCCCGUUCCAUGCUUCUCUCUCCCAUGUCCGUUCUUCCUUUCCCCGUUCCAUGCUUCUCUCUCCCAUGUGCGUUCUUCCUUUCCCCGUUCCAUGCUUCUCUCUCCCAUGUGCGUUCUUCCUUUCCCCGUUCCAUGCUUCUCUCUCCCAUGUGCGUUCUUCCUUUCCCCGUCCAUGCUUCUCUCUCCCAUGUGCGUUCUUCUUUCCCCGUUCCAUGCUUCUCUCUCCCAUGUGCGUUCUUCCUUUCCCCGUUCCAUGCUUCUCUCUCCCAUGUGCGUUCUUCCUUUCCCCGUUCCAUGCUUCUCUCUCCCAUGUGCGUUCUUCCUUUCCCCGUUCCAUGCUUCUCUCUCCCAUGUGCGUUCUUCCUUUCCCCGUUCCAUGCUUCUCUCUCCCAUGUGCGUUCUUCCUUUCCCCGUUCCAUGCUUCUCUCUCCCAUGUGCGUUCUUCCUUUCCCCGUUCCAUGCUUCUCUCUCCCAUGUGCGUUCUUCCUUUCCCCGUUCCAUGCUUCUCUCUCCCAUGUCCGUUCUUCCUUUCCCCGUUCCAUGCUUCUCUCUCCCAUGUGCGUUCUUCCUUUCCCCGUUCCAUGCUUCUCUCUCCCAUGUGCGUUCUUCCUUUCCCCGUUCCAUGCUUCUCUCUCCCAUGUGCGUUCUUCCUUUCCCCGUUCCAUGCUUCUCUCUCCCAUGUGCGUUCUUCCUUUCCCCGUUCCAUGCUUCUCUCUCCCAUGUGCGUUCUUCCUUUCCCCGUUCCAUGCUUCUCUCUCCCAUGUGCGUUCUUCCUUUCCCCGUUCCAUGCUUCUCUCUCCCAUGUGCGUUCUUCCUUUCCCCGUUCCAUGCUUCUCUCUCCCAUGUGCGUUCUUCCUUUCCCCGUUCCAUGCUUCUCUCUCCCAUGUCCGUUCUUCCUUUCCCCGUUCCAUGCUUCUCUCUCCCAUGUGCGUUCUUCCUUUCCCCGUUCCAUGCUUCUCUCUCCCAUGUGCGUUCUUCCUUUCCCCGUUCCAUGCUUCUCUCUCCCAUGUGCGUUCUUCCUUUCCCCGUUCCAUGCUUCUCUCUCCCAUGUGCUUUCUUCCUUUCCCCGUUCCAUGCUUCUCUCUCCAUGUGCGUUCUUCCUUUCCCCGUUCCAUGCUUCUCUCUCCCAUGUGCGUUCUCCUUUCCCCCGUUCCAUGCUUCUCUCUCCAUGCUUCUUCCUUCCCCGUUCCAUGCUUCUCUCCCAUGUGCGUUCUUCCUUUCCCCGUUCCAUGCUUCUCUCUCCCAUGUGCGUUCUUCCUUUCCCCGUUCCAUGCUUCUCUCUCCCAUGUGCGUUCUUCCUUUCCCCGUUCCAUGCUUCUCUCUCCCAUGUGCGUUCUUCCUUUCCCCGUUCCAUGCUUCUCUCUCCCAUGUGCGUUCUUCCUUUCCCCGUUUCCAUGCUUCUCUCUCCCAUGUGCCGUUCUUCCCUUUCCCCGUUCCAUGCUUCUCUCUCCCAUGUGCGUUCUUCCUUUCCCCGUUCCAUGCUUCUCUCUCCCAUGUGCGUUCUUCCUUUCCCCGUUCCAUGCUUCUCUCUCCCAUGUGCGUUCUUCCUUUCCCCGUUCCAUGCUUCUCUCUCCCCAUGUGCGUUUCCUUUCCCCGUUCCAUUCUCUCUCCCAGUCGUUCUUCCUUUCCCCGUUCCAUGCUUCUCUCUCCCAUGUGCGUUCUUCCUUUCCCCGUUCCAUGCUUCUCUCUCCCAUGUGCGUUCUUCCUUUCCCCGUUCCAAUGCUUCUCUCUCCCAUGUGCGUUCUUCCUUUCCCCGUUCCAUGCUUCUCUCUCCCAUGUGCGUUCUUCCUUUCCCCGUUCCAUGCUUCUCUUCUCCCAUGUGCGUUCUUCCUUUCCCCGUUCCAUGCUUUCUCUCUCCCAUGUGCCGUUCUUCCUUUCCCCGUUCCAUGCUUCUCUCUCCCAUGUGCGUUCUUCCUUUCCCGUUCCAUGCUUCUCUCUCCCAUGUGCGUUCUUCCUUUCCCCGUUCCAUGCUUCUCUCUCCCAUGUGCGUUCUUCCUUUCCCCGUUCCAUGCUUCUCUCUCCCAUGUGCGUUCUUCCUUUCCCCGUUCCAUGCUUCUCUCUCCCAUGUGCGUUCUUCCUUUCCCCGUUCCAUGCUUCUCUCUCCCAUGUGCGUUCUUCCUUUCCCCGUUCCAUGCUUCUCUCUCCCAUGUCCGUUCUUCCUUUCCCCGUUCCAUGCUUCUCUCUCCCAUGUGCGUUCUUCCUUUCCCGUUCCAUGCUUCUCUCUCCCAUGUGCGUUCUUCCUUUCCCCGUUCCAUGCUUCUCUCUCCCAUGUGCGUUCUUCCUUUCCCCGUUCCAUGCUUCUCUCUCCCAUGUGCGUUCUUCCUUUCCCCGUUCCAUGCUUCUCUCUCCCAUGUGCGUUCUUCCUUUCCCCGUUCCAUGCUUCUCUCUCCCAUGUGCGUUCUUCCUUUCCCCGUUCCAUGCUUCUCUCUCCCAUGUGCCGUUCUUCCUUUCCCCGUUCCAUGCUUCUCUCUCCAUGUGCGUUCUCUUCCUUCCAUGCUCUCUCCCAUGUGGUUCUUCCUUCCCCGUUCCAUGCUUCUCUCUCCAUGUGCGUUCUUCCUUUCCCGUUCCAUGCUUUCUCUCUCCCAUGUGCCGUUCUUCCUUUCCCCGUUCAUGCUUCUCUCUCCCAUGUGCGUUCUUCCUUUCCCCGUUCCAUGCUUCUCUCUCCCCAUGUCCGUUCUUCCUUUCCCCGUUCCAUGCUUCUCUCUCCCAUGUGCGUUCUUCCUUUCCCCGUUCCAUGCUUCUCUCUCCCAUGUGCGUUCUUCCUUUCCCCGUUCCAUGCUUCUCUCUCCCAUGUGCGUUCUUCCUUUCCCCGUUCCAUGCUUCUCUCUCCCAUGUGCGUUCUUCCUUUCCCCGUUCCAUGCUUCUCUCUCCCAUGUGCGUUCUUCCUUUCCCCGUUCCAUGCUUCUCUCUCCCAUGUGCCGUUCUUCCUUUCCCCGUUCCAUGCUUCUCUCUCCCAUGUGCGUUCUUUCCUUUCCCCGUUCCAUGCUUCUCUCUCCCAUGUGCGUUCUUCCUUUCCCCGUUCCAUGCUUCUCUCUCCCAUGUGCGUUCUUCCUUUCCCCGUUCUCAUGUUUCUCUCCUCCAUGUCCGUUCUUCCUCCUUUCCCGUUCCAUGCUUCUCUCUCCCAUGUGCGUUCUUCCUUCCCGUUCCAUGCUUCUCUCAUCCCAUGUGCGUUCUUCCUUUCCCCGUUCCAUGCUUCUCUCUCCCAUGUGCGUUCUUCCUUUCCCCGUUCCAUGCUUCUCUCUCCAUGUGCGUUCUUCCUUUCCCCGUUCCAUGCUUCUCUCUCCCAUGUGCGUUCUUCCUUUCCCCGUUCCAUGCUUCUCUCUCCCAUGUGCGUUCUUCCUUUCCCCGUUCCAUGCUUCUCUCUCCCAUGUGCGUUCUUCCGUUCCCCGUUCCAUGCUUCUCUCUCCCAUGUGCGUUCUUCCUUUCCCCGUUCCAUGCUUCUCUCUCCCAUGUGCGUUCUUCCUUUCCCCGUUCCAUGCUUCUCUCUCCCAUGUGCGUUCUUCCUUUCCCCGUUCCAUGCUUCUCUCUCCAUGUGCGUUCUUCCUUUCCCGUUCCAUGCUUCUCUCUCCCAUGUCCGUUCUUCCUUUCCCCGUUCCAUGCUUCUCUCUCCCAUGUGCGUUCUUCCUUUCCCCGUUCCAUGCUUCUCUCUCCAUGUGCGUUCUUCCUUUCCCCGUUCCAUGCUUCUCUCUCCCAUGUGCGUUCUUCCUUUCCCCGUUCCAUGCUUCUCUCUCCAUGUGCGUUCUUCCUUUCCCCGUUCCAUGCUUCUCUCUCCCAUGUGCGUUCUUCCUUUCCCCGUUCCAUGCUUCUCUCUCCCAUGUGCGUUCUUCCUUUCCCCGUUCCAUGCUUCUCUCUCCCAUGUGCGUUCUUCCUUUCCCCGUUCCAUGCUUCUCUCUCCCAUGUGCGUUCUUCCUUUCCCCGUUCCAUGCUUCUCUCUCCCAUGUGCGUUCUUCCUUUCCCCGUUCCAUGCUUCUCUCUCCCAUGUGCGUUCUUUCCUUUCCCCGUUCCAUGCUUCUCUCUCCCAUGUGCGUUCUUCCUUUCCCCGUUCCAUGCUUCUCUCUCUCCCAUGUCCGUUCUUCCUUUCCCCGUUCCAUGCUUCUCUCUCCCAUGUAGCGUUCUUCCUUUCCCCGUUCCAUGCUUCUCCUCUCCCAUGUGCGUUCUUCCUUUCCCCGUUCCAUGCUUCUCUCUCCCAUGUGCGUUCUUCCUUCCCCGUUCCAUGCUUCUCUCUCCCAUGUGCGUUCUUCCUUUCCCCCGUUCCAUGCUUCUCUCUCCCAUGUGCGUUCUUCCUUUCCCCGUUCCAUGCUUCUCUCUCCCAUGUGCGUUCUUCCUUUCCCCGUUCCAUGCUUCUCUCUCCCAUGUCGUUCUUCCUUCCCCGUUCCAUGCUUCUCUCUCCCAUGUGCGUUCUUCCUUUCCCCGUUCCAUGCUUCUCUCUCUCCAUGUGCGUUUCCUUCCUUUCCCCGUUCCAUGCUUCUCUCUCCCAUGUCCGUUCUUCCUUUCCCCGUUCCAUGCUUCUCUCUCCCAUGUGCGUUCUUCCUUUCCCCGUUCCAUGCUUUCUCUCUCCCAUGUGCGUUCUUCCUUUCCCCGUUCCAUGCUUCUCUCUCCCAUGUGCGUUCUUCCUUUCCCCGUUCCAUGCUUCUCUCUCCCAUGUGCGUUCUUCCUUUCCCCGUUCCAUGCUUCUCUCUCCCAUGUGCGUUCUUCCUUUCCCCGUUCCAUGCUUCUCUCUCCCAUGUGCCGUUCUUCCUUUCCCCGUUCCAUGCUUCUCUCUCCCAUGUGCGUUCUUCCUUUCCCCGUCCAUGCGUUCUCUCUCCAUGGCUUCUUCCUUUCCCCCGUUCAGUUCCUCUCCAUGUCCGUUCUUCCUUUCCCCGUUCCAUGCUUCUCUCUCCCAUGUGCGUUCUUCCUUUCCCCGUUCCAUGCUUCUCUCUCCCAUGUGCGUUCUUCCUUUCCCGUUCCAUGCUUCUCUCUCCCAUGUGCGUUCUUCCUUUCCCCGUUCCAUGCUUCUCUCUCCCAUGUGCGUUCUUCCUUUCCCCGUUCCAUGCUUUCUCUCUCCCAUGUGCGUUCUUCCUUUCCCCCGUUCCAUGCUUCUCUCUCCCAUGUGCGUUCUUCCUUUCCCCGUUCCAUGCUUCUCUCUCCCAUGUGCGUUCUUCCUUUCCCCGUUCCAUGCUUCUCUCUCCCAUGUGCCGUUCUUCCUUUCCCCGUUCCAUGCUUCUCUCUCCCAUGUGCGUUCUUCCUUUCCCCGUUCCAUGCUUCUCUCUCCAUGUGCGUUCUUCCUUUCCCCUUCCAUGCUUCUCUCUCCCAUGUCGUUCUUCCUUUCCCCGUUCCAUGCUUCUCUCUCCAUGUGCGUCUUCCUUUCCCCGUUCCAUGCUUCUCUCUCCCAUGUGCGUUCUUCCUUUCCCCGUUCCAUGCUUCUCUCUCCCAUGUGCGUUCUUCCUUUCCCCGUUCCAUGCUUCUCUCUCCCAUGUCCGUUCUUCCUUUCCCCGUUCCAUGCUUCUCUCUCCCAUGUCCGUUCUUCCUUUCCCCGUUCCAUGCUUCUCUCUCCCAUGUGCGUUCUUCCUUUCCCCGUUCCAUGCUUCUCUCUCCCAUGUGCGUUCUUCCUUCCCCGUUCCAUGCUUCUCUCUCCCAUGUGCGUUCUUCCUUUCCCCGUUCCAUGCUUCUCUCUCCCAUGUCCGUUCUUCCUUUCCCGUUCCAUGCUUCUCUCUCCCAUGUGCCGUUCUUCCUUUCCCGUUCCAUGCUUCUCUCUCCCAUGUGCCGUUCUUCCUUUCCCCCGUUCCAUGCUUUCUCUCUCACAUGUGCGUUCUUCCUUCCCCCGUUCCAUGCUUCUUUCCCAUGUGCGUUCUUCCUUCCCCGUUCCAUGCUUCUCUCUCCCAUGUGCGUUCUUCCUUUCCCCGUUCCAUGCUUCUCUCUCCCAUGUGCGUUCUUCCUUUCCCGUUCCAUGCUUCUCUCUCCCAUGUGCGUUCUUCCUUUCCCCGUUCCAUGCUUCUCUCUCCCAUGUGCGUUCUUCCUUUCCCCGUUCCAUGCUUCUCUCUCCCAUGUGCCGUUCUUCCUUCCCCGUUCCAUGCUUCUCUCUCCAUUGUGCCGUUCUUCCUUUCCCCGUUCCAUGCUUCUCUCUCCCAUGUGCGUGCUUCCUUUCCCCGUUCCAUGCUUCUCUCUCCCAUGUGCGUUCUUCCUUUCCCCGUUCCAUGCUUCUCUCUCCCAUGUGCGUUCUUCCUUUCCCCGUUCCAUGCUUCUUCUCUCCCAUGUGCGUUCUUCCUUUCCCCGUUCCAUGCUUCUCUCUCCCAUGUGCGUUCUUCCUUUCCCCGUUCCAUGCUUCUCUCGCCCAUUGGCGUUCUUCCUUUCCCCCGUUCCAUGCUUCUCUCUCCCAUGUGCGUUCUUCCUUUCCCCGUUCCAUGCUUCUCUCUCCCAUGUGCGUUCUUCCUUUCCCCGUUCCAUGCUUCUCUCUCCCAUGUGCGUUCUUCCUUUCCCCGUUCCAUGCUUCUCUCUCCCAUGUGCGUUCUUCCUUUCCCCGUUCCAUGCUUCUCUCUCCCAUGUCCGUUCUUCCUUUCCCCGUUCCAUGCUUCUCUCUCCCAUGUGCGUUCUUCCUUUCCCCGUUCCAUGCUUCUCUCUCCCAUGUGCGUUCUUCCUUUCCCGUUCCAUGCUUCUCUCUCCCAUGUGCGUUCUUCCUUUCCCCGUUUCCAUGCUUCUCUCUCCCAUGUGCGUUCUUCCUUUCCCCGUUCCAUGCUUCUCUCUCCCAUGUGCGUUCUUCCUUUCCCCGUUCCAUGCUUCUCUCUCCCAUGUGCGUUCUUCCUUUCCCCGUUCCAUGCUUCUCUCUCCCAUGUGCGUUCUUCCUUUCCCCGUUCCAUGCUUCUCUCUCCCAUGUGCGUUCUUCCUUUCCCCCGUUCCAUGCUUCUCUCUCCCAUGUGCGUUCUUCCUUUCCCCGUUCCAUGCUUCUCUCUCCCAUGUGCGUUCUUCCUUUCCCCGUCCAUGCUUCUCUCUCCAUGUCGUUCUUCCUUCCCGUUCCAUGCUUCUCUCUCCCAUGUGCGUUCUUCCUUUCCCCGUUCCAUGCUUCUCUCUCCCAUGUGCGUUCUUCCUUUCCCCGUUCCAUGCUUCUCUCUCCCAUGUGCGUUCUUCCUUCCCGUUCCAUGCUUCUCUCUCCCAUGUGCGUUCUUCCUUUCCCCGUUCCAUGCUUCUCUCUCCCAUGUGCGUUCUUCCUUUCCCCGUUCCAUGCUUCUCUCUCCCAUGUGCGUUCUUCCUUUCCCCGUUCCAUGCUUCUCUCUCCCAUGUCGUUCUUCCUUUCCCCGUUCCAUGCUUCUCUCUCCAUGUGCGUUCUUCCUUUCCCCGUUCCAUGCUUCUCUCUCCCAUGUGCGUUCUUCCUUUCCCCGUUCCAUGCUUCUCUCUCCAUGUGCGUUCUUCCUUUCCCCGUUCCAUGCUUCUCUCUCCCAUGUGCGUUCUUCCUUUCCCCGUUCCAUGCUUCUCUCUCCAUGUGCGUUCUUCCUUUCCCCGUUCCAUGCUUCUCUCUCCCAUGUUCGUUCUUCCUUUCCCCGUUCCAUGCUUCUCUCUCCCAUGUCCGUUCUUCCUUUCCCCGUUCCAUGCUUCUCUCUCCCAUGUGCGUUCUUCCUUUCCCCGUUCCAUGCUUCUCUCUCCCAUGUGCCGUUCUUCCUUUCCCCGUUCCAUGCUUCUCUCUCCCAUGUGCGUUCUUCCUUUCCCCGUUCCAUGCUUCUCUCUCCCAUGUGCGUUCUUCCUUUCCCCGUUCCAUGCUUCUCUCUCCCAUGUGCGUUCUUCCUUUCCCCGUUCCAUGCUUCUCUCUCCCAUGUGCGUUCUUUCCGUUCCCCGUUCCAUGCUUCUCUCUCCCAUGUGCGUUCUUCCUUUCCCCGUUCCAUGCUUCUCUCUCCCAUGUGCCGUUCUUCCUUCCCCGUUCCAUGCUUCUCUCUCCCAUGUGCGUUCUUCCUUUCCCCGUUCCAUGCUUCUCUCUCCCAUGUGCGUUCUUCCUUUCCCCGUUCCAUGCUUCUCUCUCCCAUGUGCGUUCUUCCUUUCCCCGUUCCAUGCUUCUCUCUCCCAUGUGCGUUCUUCCUUUCCCCGUUCCAUGCUUCUCUCUCCAUGUGCGUUCUUCCUUUCCCCGUUCCAUGCUUCUCUCUCCCAUGUGCGUUCUUCCUUUCCCCGUUCCAUGCUUCUCUCUCCAUGUGCGUUCUUCCUUUCCCCGUUCCAUGCUUCUCUCUCCCAUGUGCGUUCUUCCUUUCCCCGUUCCAUGCUUCUCUCUCCCAUGUGCGUUCUUCCUUCCCCGUUCCAUGCUUCUCUCUCCCAUGUGCGUUCUAUCCUUUCCCCGUUCCAUGCUUCUCUCUCCCAUGUGCGUUCUUCCUUUCCCCGUUUCCAUGCUUCUCUCUCUCCCAUGGUGCGUUCUUCCUUUCCCCGUUCCAUGCUUUCUCUCUCCCAUGUGCGUUCUUCCUUUCCCCGUUCCAUGCUUCUCUCUCCCAUGUGCGUUCUUCCUUUCCCCGUUCCAUGCUUCUCUCUCCAUGUGCCGUUCUUCCUUUCCCGUCCAUGCUUCUCUCUCCCAUGUGCGUUCUUCCUUUCCCCGUUCCAUGCUUCUCUCUCCCAUUGCGUUCUUCCUUUCCCCGUUCCAUGCUUCUCUCUCCCAUGUGCGUUCUUCCUUUCCCCGUUCCAUGCUUCUCUCUCCCAUGUGCGUUCUUCCUUUCCCCGUUCCAUGCUUCUCUCUCCCAUGUGCGUUCUUCCUUUCCCCGUUCCAUGCUUCUCUCUCCCAUGUCCGUUCUUCCUUUCCCCGUUCCAUGCUUCUCUCUCCCAUGUCCGUUCUUCCUUUCCCCGUUCCAUGCUUCUCUCUCCCAUGUGCGUUCUUCCUUUCCCCGUUCCAAUGCUUCUACUCUCCCAUGUGCGUUCUUCCUUUCCCCGUUCCAUGCUUCUCUCUCCCAUGUGGCGUUCUUCCUUUCCCCGUUCCAUGCUUCUCUCUCCCAUGUCCGUUCUUCCUUUCCCCGUUCCAUGCUUCUCUCUCCCAUGUGCGUUCUUCCUUUCCCCGUUCCAUGCUUCUCUCUCCCAUGUGCGUUCUUCCUUUCCCCGUUCCAUGCUUCUCUCUCCCAUGUGCCGUUCUUCCUUUCCCCGUUCCAUGCUUCUCUCUCCCAUGUGCGUUCUUCCUUUCCCCGUUCCAUGCUUCUCUCUCCCAUGUGCGUUCUUACUUUCCCCCUUCCCAUGUGCGUUCUUCCUUUCCCCGUUCCAUGCUUCUCUCUCCCAUGUGCGUUCUUCCUUUCCCCGUUCCAUGCUUCUCUCUCCCAUGUGCGUUCUUCCUUUCCCCGUUCCAUGCUUCUCUCUCCCAUGUGCGUUCUUCCUUUCCCCGUUCCAUGCUUCUCUCUCCCAUGUGCGUUCUUCCUUUCCCCGUUCCAUGCUUCUCUCUCCCAUGUGCGUUCUUCCUUUCCCCGUUCCAUGCUUCUCUCUCCCAUGUGCGUUCUUCCUUUCCCCGUUCCAUGCUUCUCUCUCCCAUGUGCGUUCUUCCUUUCCCCGUUCCAUGCUUCUCUCUCCCAUGUGCGUUCUUCCUUUCCCCGUUCCAUGCUUCUCUCUCCCAUGUGCGUUCUUCCUUUCCCCGUUCCAUGCUUCUCUCUCCCAUGUGCGUUCUUCCUUUCCCCGUUCCAUGCUUCUCUCUCCCAUGUGCGUUCUUCCUUUCCCCGUUCCAUGCUUCUCUCUCCCAUGUGCGUUCUUCCUUUCCCCGUUCCAUGCUUCUCUCUCCAUGUCCGUUCUUCCUUUCCCCGUCCAUGCUUCUCUCUCCCAUGUGCGUUCUUCCUUUCCCCGUUCCAUGCUUCUCUCUCCCAUGUGCGUUCUUCCUUUCCCGUUCCAUGCUUCUCUCUCCCAUGUGCGUUCUUCCUUUCCCCGUUCCAUGCGUCUCUCUCCCAUGUGCGUUCUUCCUUUCCCCCGUUCCAUGCUUCUCUCUCCAUGUGCGUUCUUCCUUUCCCCGUUCCAUGCUUCUCUCUUCCCAUGUGCGUUCUUCCUUUCCCC